GUGGCUGUCACCGUGAUGGGGACAUCACCGUGGUGGGGAUAUCACCCUGGUGUGGAUGUCACUAUGAUAGGGGCAUCACCCUGGUGUGGAUGUCACCAUUAUGGGAACAUACCCUGGUGUGGCUGUCACCCUGGUGUGGCUGUCACCCUGGUGUGGCUGUCACCAUGCCGGGGACGUCACCGAGGCCGUGCCACCCUCUCCAGCAGGCCCCUGAAGAAGGGGGAGCACCCCAUGUGCAAGGAGCACGAGGACGAGCGCAUCAACAUCUACUGCGUCACCUGCGAGGUGCCCACCUGCUCCAUGUGCAAGGUCUUCGGUGCCCACAAGGACUGCGAGGUGGCCCCUCUGGAAAGCGUCUUCCAGGGACAGAAGACUGAGCUGAACAACUGCAUCUCCAUGCUGGUGGCGGGGAACGACCGGAUCCAGACCAUCAUCUCCCAGCUGGAGGAUUCCUGCCAGAGCACCGAGGAGAACAGCGAGGCGGCCAAGAGGGAGCUGUGCGCUCGCUUUGACGCGCUGGCGGCGCUGCUGGAGGAGAAGAAGGCGGAGCUGCUGCAGCGCAUCAGCCGCGAGCAGGCGGACAAGACCGCCUUCAUCCAGAGCCUCAUCUGCCAGUACAAGGAGCAGCUGGAGAAGUCCAGCCGCCUGGUGGAGACGGCCAUCCAGGCAGCCGAGGAGACCGGGGGGGCCGCCUUCCUCAUGAAUGCCAAGCAGCUCAUAAAAACGAUCGUGGAGGCCUCCAAGGGCGCUCGCCUGGACAAGAUCGAGCAGGGCUACGAGAGCAUGGACGCCUUCUCGGUGAGCCUGGAGCACCUCAGCGAGGCCGUGCACGCCCUGGACUUCGACCCUGCAGAGGAAGAUGAGGAGUACUUUGAUGGGGAGGAGGAAGAGGAGGUGGAAGAGAACGCGGCGCCCGAGAGGACAGUGAUGGCAGCUUCCCUGUAGCCGCAGCAGCGUUGGGACGGGCACGGGAUGUCCGGCGACGCCUUCGGGAUGGGGGGGACACGGGGCAGGGCCCGGCAGCCUGGCGAGCCGGCCCUGCUCCAGCACAGGACACUUUUCUAUACGGGUGCAAACGGGACAAUUCCGCACGUUUUGUAAUUCCCUUGUUUUGUAUAUAAUUGUCACGCAUUUGGAAUUUGUGUAUUUUGUAAAGAAAAACCGCUGCUUCGAGUGGUUCUUUCCUU